GGCAGAAACUGUAAUUAAUUAAUGUCGAACAUCAACGUACAAUGAACCUUAUGAAAAUUCAUACCAGCCUGAUAUCGUCUACUUUAUCAGAAAUUAACGAAACACGUCACGAUUUGCGAAAUAUAGUUGAAAAACUAAGCGAAGUUACGAGUAGAACAAACUUAGUUACUGACAAACUUUCUCAGCUAGAGACUGUCGAAAACCUUAACGAUGCAGAAAAAUUAUUAAAUUUAGAAAUGGAGAGUAUAGAACACGACCAGAAUCAGCUCUUGGUAGUAAUUAAUUCGGCUUUAAAUGGUCAUUGUCAUCCAUUACUUUUACACCCUGAUAGACUGGAAGAAGAAGUCCUUUCUGUAAAAGCACAACUUCCUGAUUCUACUAUUCUCCCCCGUGUUAGUGUCCCUGAAAUGUACGAACUAGGAAAAGUCUCAAUUAUUUCGAAUUCUCAGCAAAUAACAGCCAUAAUCAAAAUUCCGUUGUGUGACAAUAAGAAGUACCAACUCUUCAAAAUUUUGCCUUUACCCUAUCUUUCAAAUAAUUCCAGUAAAAUUAUACAAGUAGAUUAUCCCUAUAUAGCCACUGAUCCACGCAAAGAAUCGUAUUCUGUGUUCAGUAAUGACGUUUUCAGUAAAUGUAAAAACGUAAAUCAUAUGUCCAUUUGUACUACUCAUGUAGUAUAUUCUUCUAUCUUGCCAAAUUGCGAAUUCUCAAUAAUAAAUAAUGAACCAGGACUUUGUCGCCAAGUAACGUUGAAUGUCAGCCAUAACUAUUGGAUCCAUGUGUCCGAAAAUGCGUUCUUAUACAUUCUACCUAAGUCUACACGAAUCCGCAUAAUGUGUAAUCAGAAACAAUCCGAAUUUUACCGUGAUAUUCAAGGUAAAGGAAUAUUAAGAUUGAAACCAAACUGUGAAGCAAAUGACAAUGGCAUAAAACUAUAUUCCUCCUCCAAUACAAAAUCGGAUACUUAUUCCACGAUCCUUCACAAAGUAGAAGAUAUUAAAGCUAUAACUUUUAAUAAAACUAUUUCGCGUUUAACCCCUUUAACAAUCACUUCUCAUUUCAAUUCGGAUCAUUUUAAAACCCUGACUCAACAAGUUGAGGAUAUGCGGAAAAUAGAAAAUAAUUUGGAGAAUUCUUGGGAUUUUGUCGGAGAAAACCUUUAUACAAUAAUUACAGGUAGCGUAUUAACUACACUUUUAAUAUUUGGUAUCGCAUGGUGCAUUUAUGUUAAAAAGUUUAAAUCUCACGCUUCACAAACAAAUGAUCGUGCUAGGCCGUCUUCCCCGCAAAUUAUCUGCCCUACACUACCCGCUCCUAAUAUUAUACAUAUUCCCUCACUGCCGCCUCCUAUACCUACGGAACGUAUUUUUGAAAUUAGUCCUGAGUACGAGUUGCCAAUACUAAGACCGGAAAUUCAAAAUAAUGAGCUUCACGAAAUUCAUAAGCAUCAAAUUAGAAAAAAAUCUUUAAGAGCAAAAAAAGUAGUUUUCUAUUAAAAAAAAAAAAAGAAAGAAAUAAUAAUAGUAACAUAAGGAAAUAUUCUUUAGGUGGGAAGAAUAUAAUACAAUAUAUCAUAAAAUAAACCCAAAAAUAAGUAUAAUAAUUUGCUUAACGCUUUACACUUAACACUACACUACGAAAACACCCAAAAAAAAAAACAAAUGUAAUGCUUUAAAUAAAUAAUUAUUAUUCUAAACCUAACAGUUAAAGUAAAAACUAUGGAAUUAUAAAUUUUGCAAAAAUAAAAAUCAGAAUAAGUAAAUUAAUUACAUAAUAUUAUAUACAGGUGAACCAUUGUAAUAAUUAUACAAAAAAAAAUGUAAAAAAAAAAAAAUGUAUAAACUAAACUUCCUUUUUAUCCCAUUUCUCGCACAGGGACGUGCGUUUCCUUAGGGGGGUAGGAGUGUUGUGACUUCAUCGCAACCCCGCUUUACCCAUCUAUUUCCUACCAUUUCUUAACAUUCUUUAACCUUGUUCUAAUUUAUAUUUCCUAUAUUCCCCCAAACCAUUUCAUUUCCCACC